AUGGCGCCUGCGGAUCUUGAUAGUGCGGAAGCCCAAUGGCGGGCUCAAUUCGAAGCCAUGAAGACGGCCCUUGCCGGCCUUAAACUCCCCUCCGAGCCACCAUCCGAGGUGGACUUUGACGACGACUACGAGGGGUACUCGUCUGGAAAUGCGGCCCAGGAUGUGUGGGAUUUCAUUGACGAUGAUGAGGACGACGACUACAGCAGCGACCAGCUGGAUGGCCCCGACGCCACCAAUGGCGACGAUCCGUAUGGCGCUGUUUGGUUCGCAAGCAAGUGCUCAGGUAUUGCUGCAAAAAACGGACUGGCUGAAGAUGUUUUCCAAAGCCAAAUCAUGAGUGUGUUAACCUCUGGUCGAGGCGAUGAGGAGCUCCAGUCUCAACUGGCCGACCUCAUUGGCUUUGACGAUUUCGACUUCAUCAUCGAGUUGCUCGGUCACCGCGAGAAGAUUGUAUCAGCCAUGGCGUCUCAGGGUAACCAGGAGGCUACCGGACGGCUACUGACCAAGUCUCAGCGUGAAGAAGCUCUGAGACGCCAGGACUAUGAACACAAAAAUGCUGCGCUUGCUCCGGCUAUGACCAAAGAGGUCCAAUAUCCUCACGUUUACAAGGCUUACAACGCCGGAAACUCCCUUAGCCACUCCGGAAAGAAGUACGCGCUUCCCCAGGGCAGCGAGAGACUCCAGUUCGAAAAGUAUGAGGAGUAUGCCAUACCAGCAGGAAAGAAAGGUGUCCUUGGUCCUGGUCAGAGGCUGGUCAAGAUAUCCGAAAUGGACGGCCUCUGCCGCGGCACUUUUAAGGGUUAUAAGGCCCUCAACCGCAUGCAAAGUCUUGUACAUCCUGUGGCAUACAAGACAAAUGAGAACAUGCUUAUUUGUGCCCCUACCGGUGCCGGUAAAACGGAUGCUGCCAUGCUGACCAUCUUGCAAACAAUUGGUCACUACUGUACUCCGAAUCCCAUCGAGGAUAUUACUGCUACAGACUUUGCUGUUGAUGCUCAAGAUUUCAAGAUUGUCUACGUUGCUCCCAUGAAGGCCCUCGCGGCUGAGGUCACCGAGAAGCUCGGCAAGCGGCUGGCAUGGCUGGGUAUCAAGUGCCGCGAAUUCACUGGAGAUAUGCAUCUGACCAAGGCCGAAAUCGUCCAGACACAAAUCAUUGUCACCACGCCUGAGAAGUGGGAUGUUGUCACGCGAAAGGGAACUGGCGACACCGAGUUGGUUCAGAAGGUUCGCCUGCUGAUUAUCGACGAGGUCCACAUGCUCCACGAUGAACGUGGUGCCGUUUUGGAGUCUCUCGUCGCCAGAACAGAGCGGCAGGUCGAAAGCACCCAAUCCCUGAUCCGCAUCGUCGGCCUCAGUGCUACUCUUCCCAACUAUAUCGAUGUGGCCGACUUCCUCAAAGUCAACCGAUACCAGGGUCUGUUCUAUUUCGAUGCGUCCUUCCGCCCUGUUCCUCUGGAACAGCACUUCAUCGGUGUCAAGGGCAAGGCUGGUUCGAAGCAGUCCAAGGAAAAUUUGGAUCAGGUCGCUUUCGAGAAAGUCAGGGACAUGCUCCAGAAGGGUCACCAAGUCAUGGUGUUUGUCCACUCCCGCAGAGAUACCCUUCUCACGGCUAAGAUGCUUCAUGAAAAGGCCGUGGAGGACUUUUGCGUGGACUUGUUUGAUCCAACUGGUCACCCGAACUAUGAGAAUGCAGUGCGAGACAUGAAGCAAUCCAAGGCGCGAGAUCUGCGCGAGCUGAUUCCCAAGGGAUUGGGUGUUCACCAUGCUGGUAUGGCACGCUCUGACAGGAACUUGAUGGAGAGACUCUUUGGAGAAGGUGUCAUCAAAGUCCUUUGCUGUACAGCGACUCUCGCUUGGGGUGUCAACUUGCCUGCAGCCGCCGUCGUCAUCAAGGGAACCCAAGUUUACAGUGCCCAAGAUGGUAAAUUCGUUGAUCUCGGUAUUCUCGAUGUCCUGCAAAUCUUUGGUCGUGCUGGUCGUCCCCAGUUCGAAGACACCGGUAUUGGUAUGAUUUGUACCACGCAGGACAGACUCCAUCAUUACUUGACCACCGUCACCGAACAACAGCCGAUUGAGUCUAAGUUCUCCACGAAACUCGUGGACAACCUCAACGCCGAGAUUGCGCUGGGUACUGUGACAUCCAUUCCAGAAGCCGUUCAGUGGAUCGGAUAUUCCUAUCUCUUUGUCCGUAUGCAACGGAGCCCCAUGAAUUACGGUAUUGAAUGGGCCGAAAUCAGGGACGACCCGACGCUCGUUCAAAGACGUCGCCAGUUGGCCAUUCAAGCAGCUCGAACUCUGCAGCAGAGCCAGAUGAUUAUUUUCAACGAGGUAACCGAGGAGCUUCGUAGCAAAGAUAUUGGACGUAUUGCUAGCCAGUACUACAUCCUGCACACUAGCAUCCAGAUCUUCAACACCAUGAUGCAGCCCCAGGCCACGGAAGCCGACAUUCUCAAGAUGAUCAGCAUGAGUGGAGAGUUUGACAACAUUCAGUCACGAGACUCCGAAGAGAAGGAGCUAUCGCGUUUGAGACACGACGUCGUACCCUGCGAUGUCGACGGCGGCAUCGAUACACCCCAAGCAAAGACAAACAUCCUGCUUCAGGCGUAUAUCUCCAGGGCUCAGCCAGAGGACUUUGCUCUGGGCAAUGAUCUUAAUUAUGUUGCUCAACAGGCUGGCCGUAUCUGCAGAGCACUGUUCAUGAUUGCCCUGAAUAGGAGAUGGGGACACCAGUGCUUGGUUCUGCUCACCCUUGCCAAGUCGAUUGAAAAACGUAUCUGGCCGUUCCAGCAUCCUCUGCAUCAAUUUGACUUCCCCAAGUCGGUGUUUAACCAGCUUGAUACCAAAGACAAUCUGUCGAUCGAGGCGAUGAGGGAUAUGGAACCCGCAGAGAUUGGCAGCCUCGUUCAUAACCAAAGCGCCGGAAAGAAGAUCGCCUAUAUUCUCAACAACUUCCCGACGGUUAGUGUUGAAGCUGAGAUUGCGCCUCUCAACCGCGAUGUUCUUCGGAUCAAGCUGUUCAUCUACCCCGACUUUAGAUGGAACGACCACACCCACGGAACAUCUGAAUCGUACUAUAUCUGGGUCGAGAACUCCGAGACGUCAGAGAUCUAUCAUCACGAGUUCUUCAUCCUUAACAGGAGAAAGAUCCACGAUGAUCAUGAGCUGAACUUUACAAUUCCCCUUUCGGAUCCCCUGCCGACUCAAAUUUACGUACGAGCGGUUUCUGAUCGAUGGCUCGGCGCUGAGACGGUGACUCCCGUCUCCUUCCAGCAUCUCAUCCGGCCUGACACCGAGAGCGUGUACACCGAUCUAUUGAAUCUGCAGCCGCUGCCCAUUAGCGCUCUCAAGAACCCAGCCCUCGAGGAAAUUUACGCUCAACGUUUCCAGUUCUUCAACCCCAUGCAAACGCAGAUCUUCCACACGCUCUACCACACGCCAGCGAACGUCCUUCUCGGUUCGCCGACAGGCAGUGGCAAGACAGUCGCGGCAGAGCUGGCAAUGUGGUGGGCUUUCAAGGAGCGGCCCGGAUCCAAGGUCGUCUACAUUGCGCCCAUGAAGGCCCUGGUUCGCGAGCGUGUCAAGGACUGGGGAGCCAGACUUGCUCGACCUCUUGGCCUGAAGUUGGUUGAAUUGACUGGUGACAACACCCCGGACACCCGCACGAUCAAAGACGCAGACGUGAUCAUCACUACCCCCGAGAAGUGGGACGGUAUUUCUCGUAGUUGGCAGACGAGAGGCUACGUCCGCCAAGUCAGUCUUGUCAUUAUCGACGAGAUUCAUUUGCUCGCUGGAGACCGAGGACCUAUUUUGGAAAUUAUUGUCUCACGUAUGAACUACAUUGCGGCAUCCAUCAAGAACUCUGUCCGCCUGCUUGGAAUGUCAACCGCAUGCGCCAAUGCCACGGAUCUAGGCAACUGGCUCGGCGUAAAGGAGGGUCUGUUCAACUUCAGACACUCUGUCCGCCCCGUGCCCUUGGAGCUAUAUAUUGAUGGAUUCCCGGAAACUAGGGGCUUCUGCCCGUUGAUGCAGUCUAUGAACAGGCCGACUUUCCUGGCUGUCAAGACGCACAGCCCUGACAAGCCCGUGAUCGUCUUCGUACCCUCUCGAAGACAAACCCGCCUGACGGCCAAGGACCUCAUCAACUACUGUGGCAUGGAGGACAACCCCAGGCGGUUCCUCCACAUGGACGAAGACGACUUGCAGCUCAACCUCGCUAGAGUCAAGGAUGACGCUCUCAAGGAAGCCAUCAGUUUCGGUAUCGGCCUUCACCACGCUGGUCUCGUCGAGUCUGAUCGCCAGCUGGCGGAGGAGCUGUUCCUCAACAACAAGAUCCAGAUCCUGGUGGCAACCAGUACCCUCGCCUGGGGUGUCAACUUACCAGCCCAUCUCGUCGUCGUCAAGGGCACGCAGUUCUACGACGCCAAGAUCGAGGGCUACAAGGACAUGGACCUGACCGACGUGCUCCAGAUGCUGGGACGAGCGGGCCGUCCGCAGUUCGAUAACUCGGGUGUGGCGCGCAUCUUCACCCAGGACGCCAAGAAGGACUUUUACAAGCACUUCUUACACACGGGCUUCCCCGUCGAGUCGUCCCUCCAUACGGUGCUAGACAACCAUCUUUGCGCCGAGGUCUCCGCCGAGACCAUUGUGACGAAGCAGGACGCCCUGGACUACCUGACCUGGACCUUCUUCUUCCGCCGUUUGCACAAGAAUCCGUCGUACUACGGCCUCGAGAUCUCGGCCGAGGAGCACAACAGCAUCGCCGCGCAGACGCUCGCCAACGACUUCAUGAUCGACAUGAUCGACAAGUCGCUCGACGAGCUCGCAAAGUCCAGCUGCGUGGAGGUCUUCCCCAACGGGGACGUCGACCCCACUCCGUUCGGCAAGAUCAUGAGUUACUACUACCUCUCCCACAAGACCAUCCGCCACCUCGUCAAGCACGCCAAGCCCCAGGCCUCCUUCCUCGACGUGCUGUCUUGGAUGUCGCGCGCCACCGAGUACGACGAGCUCCCCGUCCGCCACAACGAAGACCUCAUCAACGACGAGCUCUCUCGCAACCUUCUCUUCCCCGGCAGCUCCUUCGGCCUGCCCAUGUGGGACCCCCACGUCAAGGCCUUCCUCCUUCUGCAGGCUCACAUGUCGCGCAUCAGCCUCCCCAUCACCGAUUACGUCGGCGACCAGACCAGCGUGCUCGACCAGGCCAUCCGUAUCAUCCAGGCGUCCAUCGACGUCCUCACCGAGCUGGGCCACCUCUCCAGCUGCCUCGAGUUCAUCAAGCUGCUGCAGUGCAUCAAGUCCGCGCGCUGGCCCACCGACCACCCGGCCUCCAUCCUCCCGAGCGUCGGCGUCGACACCCUCAAGAACGACACCUCCAACCUCUCCCUCGCCAAGAUCGGCGCCCUGAACGGGUCCCCGGGCAAGAUCACCCAGCUGGCCAAAAAGCUCUCGGUGCCGCCUCACCAGCAACCCAAGUUCGCGCGGGCCGUAGCCCAGCUGCCCAACCUCGCCGUCUCCGUCGGCGAGACCACGGCUCUCUCCUUGUCCGUGGACCUCCGCCGCAUCAACCCGCUGACGGAGCGCGACGCCCACGUCUACGCGCCGCGCUUCCCCAAGCCCCAGAACGAGGGCUGGUUCGUCGUCCUCGCCGACCCCUCCCGCGACGAGGUCGUCGCCGUCAAGCGCGCGGGGUGGUCCCAGGGGGCCGGGAAAACGGUCGCCGUCGGCUCCAAGCCGUCUGCCCGCGCAAUCUUCAAGAUCCCCGAGCCCGCGCAGGGCCGCAAACUCGACGUCAUCGUCGUCAGCGACGCCUACGUCGGGCUCGAGUACAGGGUCGCCGGCAUCGAUAUCCCUGCUGCUCCCGUGGUGGACGACGAUGUAGAUAAGUCUAAGAAGGCUCAGGUCCAGCAGCAGCAGCAGGGGAGUGGAGCUUCACGGGCUUAA